CUACAAAAUCUGUGACCGGCCAUCAACCAUACGCCAAAAAUGACAGCCACAUUUGCAAGCCCAUCAACCGUCGUCGGCCUAGGCGGCACCGCCGCCUCGCUGUCAUCCCCGCCAAAGAGAACUCCCCUCUCUUCAGGAUUUUUGAAAUCGGGGGUUACUGCUAUGAACCCUUUGAGGCUAGCCGGUGCUUCAGGAGGCAGGUUUACUUGCUUUGAGAGAGACUGGCUACGUAGGGACCUGAACGUCAUAGGAUUUGGGCUGAUUGGCUGGCUAGCUCCGUCGAGCAUACCGGCGAUCGAUGGGAAGAGCUUGACUGGCCUUUUCUUUGAAAGCAUCGGAACUGAGCUCGCUCACUUCCCCACACCUCCCGCUCUUACUUCUCAGUUUUGGUUGUGGUUGGUAUUAUGGCACUUGGGGUUGUUCAUCACGCUUACUUUUGGACAAAUUGGGUUCAAAGGAAGGACUGAGGAUUACUUUAAGUUCUAGUUAUUCUUUGUAAUUUUCUUUUUAAAUUAUAUCUUCUGUUUUCAUUUUCCCCUCUCUUUGUUUGAAACAAAUGUUCUCUUUGUUAUGUAAAAUAUUAUCUCAACUUAUUAGGCUCC